AGCCUGGGCAACAGAAUGAGACUCUGUCUCAAAAAACUAAAAUUUUUUUUCUUAAAAAAAAGAUAAUGUAGGAGGAGGUUUUGCAGGGAAGAAUAAGGAGGACGUUGAAGCAGGAGGAAGGCUGUGUGUCUGUAGCUGGGAGGCAGGAGCUGGCAGGCCUGGUGGAGGCCCUGAGCAGACAGCCACUACUCCCCACUACCUUGGCAGGCACAGGACCCUCCAGCCCAGGGGGCUGAGCUCCAGCUUCCUGCUUCUCUUCUCCUGCCUCCCCACUAAGCAGAAGGGACCCCUGUGACAUUGGGGCAGUCAGGGGCCUAGGACUCAGCCCUGAGGCUUGAGAGACCUUUCCCUUCUGUAAGCUUUUGCCACAAGAUCCCUGAUCCCCCACCAGGUCCUCAAGCGCUUGAGCAAGUGCUCAAGGACCCCCACUGUCUGGGACAAAAUCGAACCGCCUGCUUCUGUCUCUUUCUCACCAGCUGACUUCUCCGCUCCCAUUCUCUCCAUCCUUCCCCUCCUCUCUGUGGCAAUGGCAAAGCACAAGCAGGAAAGGAGGAAACUGACCGUCCUCUGUCCAUUUCAGGAGCAGGAGAGACUCCUCAGGAAGACUCACAGGACUGUACCCACUGCCUGCCAUGUCUCUGUGGCCACCUUUCCGAUGCGGAUGGAAGCUGGGGCCAAGGUACUCUAGGAGGGCCUCUCCACAGCUCCCCCAACAGGACUUCGAGGCCCUGCUGGCAGAGUGCCUGAGGAAUGGCUGCCUCUUUGAAGACACCAGCUUCCCGGCCACCCUGAGCUCCAUCGGCAGCGACUCUCUGCUGCAGAAGCUGCCACCCCGCCUGCAGUGGAAGAGGCCCCCGGAGCUGCACAGCAAUCCCCAGUUUUAUUUUGCCAAGACCAAAAGGCUGGAUCUGUGCCAGGGCAUGGUAGGAGACUGCUGGUUCUUGGCUGCUUUGCAAGCUCUGACCUUGCACCAGGACAUCCUGAGCAGGGUUGUUCCCCUGAAUCAGAGUUUCACUGAGAAGUAUGCUGGCAUCUUCCUGUUCUGGUUCUGGCACUACGGGAAGUGGGUUCCUGUGGUGAUCGAUGACCGCCUGCCCGUAAAUGAGGCUGGCCAGCUGCUCUUUGUCUCCUCCACCUACAAGAACUUGUUCUGGGGAGCACUUCUGGAAAAGGCCUAUGCCAAGCUUUCUGGUUCCUAUGAAGACUUGCAAUCAGGACAGGUGUCUGAAGCACUUGUAGACUUCACUGGAGGGGUGACAAUGACCAUCAACCUGGCAGAAGCCCAUGGCAACCUCUGGGACAUCCUCACCAAAGCCACCUACAACAGAACCCUCAUUGGCUGCCAGACCCACUCAGGGAAGGAGAAGAUUCUGGAGAAUGGGCUGGUGGAAGGCCAUGCCUAUACUGUCACAGGAAUCAGGAAGGUGACCUGCAAACAUAGACCUGAAUAUCUUGUCAAACUACGGAACCCGUGGGGACAGGUGGAAUGGAAAGGAGACUGGAGUGACAGUUCAAGUAAAUGGGAGCUGCUGAGCCCCAAGGAGAAGAUUCUGCUUCUGAGGAAAGACAAUGAUGGAGAAUUCUGGAUGACGCUGCAGGACUUUAAAACACAUUUCGUGCUCCUGGUUAUCUGUAAACUGACCCCAGGCCUAUUGAGCCAGGAGGCGGCCCAGAAGUGGACGUACACCAUGAGGGAGGGGAGAUGGGAGAAGGGGAGCACAGCUGGUGGCCAGAGACAAUUGCUGCAGGGCACAUUUUGGAAGAACCCGCAGUUCCUGCUGUCUGUUUGGAGGCCCGAGGAGGGCAGGAGAUCCCUGAGGCCCUGCAGCGUACUGGUGUCCCUGCUCCAGAAGCCCAGGCACAGGUGCCGCAAGCGGAAGCCUCACCUCGCCAUUGGCUUCUACCUUUAUAGGGUGAACAAGUACCAUGAUGACCAGAGGAGACUGCCCCCCGAGUUCUUCCAGAGAAACACUCCUCUGAGCCAGCCUGAUAGGUUUCUCAAGGAGAAAGAAGUGAGUCAGGAGCUGUGUCUGGAACCAGGGACAUACCUCAUCGUGCCCUGUGCAUCGGAGGCCAACCAAAAGUCAGAGUUCAUCCUCAGGGUCUUCUCCAGGAAGCACACCUUUUAUGAAAUUGGCAGCAAUUCUGGUGUCGUCUUCUCGAAGGAGAUAGAAGACCAAAAUGAAGGGCAGGAUGAAUUCUUCACCAAAUUCUUUGAAAAGUAUCCAGAAAUUAAUGCAGUUCAAUUGCAGAACAUCCUGAACCAGAUGACCUGGUCACAUCUGGGGACCAGACAGCCCUUCUUCAGCCUGGAAGCCUGCCAGGGUAUCCUGGCCUUACUGGACCUUAAUGCGUCGGGUACUAUGAGCAUCCAGGAAUUCAGGGAUCUGUGGAAGCAGCUGAAGCUCUAUCAGAAGGUUUUCCACAAGCAAGACAAUGGGUCAGGAUACCUGAACUGGGAACAGCUGCGUGCUGCCAUGAAGGAGGCAGGAAUCGUGCUCAGUGAUGACGUCUGUCAGCUGAUGCUCGUCCGCUACGGCUGCCCCCGCCUCCAGAUGAGCUUUGUCAGCUUCGUCCACUUGAUGCUGCGUGUAGAGAACAUGGAGGAUGUCUUCCAAAACUUAACCCAAGAUGGCAAAGGGAUAUACCUCCAGAAGCCAGAGUGGAUGAUGAUGGCACUGUACUCCUGAGAAGGCUGAGUCUCGCCUGCCCUCACUGAAGACUCUGCUUGUGGCCCAAGAGCAGCCUUUGGCUGAGACCAACCCGUGCCCACCCUACUUACUGAUCUUCAGGACUGCCUCACUAGUCGUCACCUUCUCAGCUGGGAAUAUUUCUCCUCUGCAGCCCUCCCCCUGCAUGGCCAGCAUGCAGAAAGGGAAGGGAGGAAGUAAAGAUUGCAUCAGAUUUGUCAAAGCUAGCCAUCCUUCCCUGAGGCCACAACCUUGUCACAAGCAGAGAUAUUACCUGACAUGGCCUAAGCAUUCUGACUCCAGAGCUAGUGUGCUUAGCCUCUAUACAACACUGCCUCUGUGGCUGCAAACUCAAGUGACUUUAGACAUGCCAUAUGUUCUCACAUGUGGGGUAAUCAUCUAGGUUUUAAGGUCUGGAGAGGGAAUGAUAUAUCCUUAGACAUUUAGUCCCAGCAUUUGCAAAUUAGUAGAGACAUAGGCUAAGUUUCAGCUGUUUGGGGAUGGAGUUAGGGAUAUAGUGGGUUUUCAGAAACACAGACAAUAAGAGAAUUGCCAGAGUCCAGAUGGGGUGGGCUGGCUCUGGCAUCUGAGAUCAUGGGGUAGUCUUCUGCCGACAAUACCUCCAUAUGAUUGGAUUUGGGGGAACCCAGUAGGUUUAGAACACCUAAGUUCUCAAAGGGCUUCCUGCUUGUGACAGGUGUCAGUCUGUUCACUUGACCUAUAGACUAUCAGAUCCAUUUCAAAUCCGUCCAGAAAUUCUCUGACUAUCUACUUCAAAGAACAAAAACAAACCCGUGCUAAAUUAUAGAGUCAAUCAGCGGGUGGUUGGUAUAUCUGAUUUUUUGAAGUACCACGAUACACUUUGUUUGUUUCAUCCCUCCGAACCCAGAAUACAGGUGCAAAACCAGAACAAUGGCCUUUUUCCAAAGUCAAUGCAAUUUAUUCAUAAGUUGGCACCUCAGAGCCAUUUAUUACUACAGGUUGAGCAUCCCAGAUCUGAAAACCCCAAAUCUGAAAUACUCCAAAAUCUAAAAUUUCUGAGAGUAGACAUGAAACUCAAAGGAAAUUGGGGCAUUUUGGAUUUUGAAUUUUUGGGUUUGAGAUGUUCAGCUGACAAAUCUAUAAUGCAGAUAUCCUGAAAUCUGAAACACUUCUGGUUCCAAGCAUUUUAGUUAAGAGAUACUCAACCUGUAUUCUAUUUAAUUUUAACUUACAAACAAUUGUAACCAACGUGGCUGUUUGAUUUCCAAGUCCAUAGCAGACUCAGGAAGGAAGCUGAAUGAAGUGAUAAAAGUGUGUCCGUUGGCAGAAGGACUAAAGGAGAUUUGAGCACCUGUCACAUGAGUACUGUACCGGAAGAAAGGAGCACUUUGAAAGCACAGUUUAAGAGGUAGGAAAGUAUUUUAUUUAGGGAAAAAACCCUUCAUUUAUUCCAAAUGAUAGAAGGUAAAACGGGUUUCCAUAAAGUGCUAGAUACAUGAAAUAUUGUUGAUUUUAUAAAAGAUGAUCAUGUAUUUGUAACCUUUUACAGAUUUUUAUAUCCAUCUACUUAUUUGUAUCUUUGUCUUUAAAAUCUGCCAUUGUAAAUAGCUGUUUUAAUAAAACAAUUUUGUCUUGGCCCAUGAA